UACAUAUUGUGUGGGAUUCACAGCAAAACAAUCAUAGACACAACACAACAAAAAUUGUGGGCGUGGCUGUGUGCAUUUUUGGAAGAGAAAAUGAACACUAACCUCUCCCCUUCACCAUCUCCAACAACCUUUGCUUCUCCAAGGUUUUCCAAAAUCUAUUCUUCAUUUUCCAAAAUCCUUGUUCCUUCUUCUUCCAAACCCAUAUCCAUUCAACUUCCCAGCACCAGCAGCAAAAGGGGUUUUCAGACCACUGGAAUUCGCUGCAACAAUAGCUUCUUCCCUGGUGGUGAUGGUGAUAGCAGCAGUAAAAAUGUACUGGAUGCAUUUUUCUUGGGAAAAGCUCUUGCCGAAACUCUAAAUGAGCGAAUUGAGUCUACAGUUGGUGAGCUCUUAAGUACAGUUGGAAGACUGCAAGCUGAACAACAAAGACAAGUGCAGGAAUUUCAGGAAGAAGUGUUGGAUAAAGCCAAAAAAGCAAAGGAAAAAGCAGCACGUGAAGCUACGGAGGCACAGCCACAGGGUCUGGUGUCCAACUCUACAGCUGAUAUAGUAGUCGACGAUUCAGGAACUUCAUAUUCUUCAACUGAUCCAGUUACUACGGUACAGUCUACUGAUGCAUCUGAAACAGACACUGAUCCCACCAUAGGGGAGAUCCCACUUUAAGUUCAUAAGUGAUAUACUAUGCUUCACCUUUCUAUAUAUUUUUGCUAAACAUGCUUAGUGCCUUGUGUUUACGGAUCUAAGUUAUCGAGUUCAAUACACAUGCCGAUAAAUGAGUUCAAAUUCUCAAACGGAUUAUCUUUACUUCUUCGUUUGGCAUGUAUAUAUAAGUAUUGUUACAGAACUUCGAGCUUCAACAUGUUUCUUACAGUAUUCAAUAA